GUCAAUCACAGUGAAGAUGUGUGAACCUUAGUGAAGAUAAGCGGCAUAAAGAUGGAUGGAUUACUGUAUAUUUGCAUACUCGACCACUCUCUCUCUUACUCCUUCCCUCUUCUCCUCGCCCUUUCUUGUGUUUUUUUCUGCCUGUCUGUGGGUGUGAGUUUUUGGCUCCCAGGCCUAUCUGUAGCUUGUUGAUUAUUAACAUUGUUAUGAUAGAGUUUAAAAAUUCAUGCAAUAUCAGAAUUACCUUCAUGUCGUCCAAACAUCGCGCGUGUAUAAACUGAGGACAUGAGUGCAUCAAAGUCCACUCCCAGAUGGUGAUCUGAUGGUGACCUCACCUCACGGCCCUGUCAUGUGGUAUGUCAGACAUGAAAGCAAUUGAUCACGGUUGGUUAUGGGACCUUGACGGUUAAAAACUUAUGAAAGGGCCGACUGAAAGCCUCGGAUGUAAUGCGGACAUCACAGGGCCUUUGAAGUCCAUAUACCGUACAUAUCAGUGAGAAACAAAUAUUUGUUACAAAACACAAACAGCAGCUUGACCCUUCGACUGCUUGACCCUUCGGCGACCUCGAUCUGCAGAGAGGGUUUGGUGACAAGUUAAACAUGUAUGGACAUAUCUUAAUGAAGAAAAAAAAAAGUAAUUGCAUCGUCAUCAGGACGUAGAGGCACGGUUGUGGGUGUGUGUGAUCAGGUAAUACUUUAAUUUGCAUACAAUGUACAAAAACUAUUAUUUAUUUCUUUUCUGUUUACGUUUUUCUUUAUGUAUUGUAACUCUUUGACUGUUCUAUUUAUUGAGAGGAGAAUUACAUUUUUAUAUAUUUUAAAUUCUUUAAUACUUAUUUCAGCUUUAAAAUGCAAAUAAUUACUGGUGCCCUCAACCCACAGAGGGCGCUUCAGGGAAAAGUUAGGCAUGUAUGGUUUAAUGUUCAUCAAGUUAUUAACUUGCAGGAAAAGCCACAUAUUUUAAAAUGUAUUUCUGUAAGAGCCAUAUAAUAUUUUUUAACACUUAAUACAACUAAAUGUGUUCAUUUUUAAGUAAGAUUAACAAUUUUAGAUUAAGUCUCUGAAUGUAUUACUUCUAAUAACGUUGUUUCACUGAAGCUCACCAAUAAUAAAUAAAAUACUUCUUACCAUUAAUGCAACUUCUGGUGCUGCAUGGUUUUACACCAUAUUCCUUAUUGUUCUUUCAUUUUGCCGCCGUCUUUGUCAAUAGGGUUGGCUCUGCAAAAUUAGCUAGCUGACUAUUUGAUUAAAGGAGGGAAGUUUACUUCUUGACCUCUCAAUGACCCAUGUAGGCGAACAGUAAUAAUCGCGUUUUGGUGUCUGAUCCAGAAAAUGUCGGAAGGACAGCUGGCAUUGGCUCUGGCCACCCGCAUUGCAUUAGAAAAUGGAUGGAUGGAUUAAAAUGAAUACGAAAGUUGUAUAUUUUCUACGUUAUUUGUAACGAUGAUUUCUGUAACAUUUUACUUUAAAAUGUCAGUGAAAAAAAAUUGAAUACAUUUUAUUGUGUUAUGAAAUGUCUGAGAACCAGACGCAGUCAUCAAAAGAGCCACAUCUGGCACCCGAGCCAUUGGUUCCCUACCCCUGAGUUAGAACGUCACAGUUAAGAAGUUGGUAAGUUUGUAUGAAAUCCUACAAAGGUACUGAUAUCAUUCAUUGAUGCAGUAUGGUAUGCUACCUCAGUUACACAUUUGAUUAAUAUAUAUACAGUCUAACUUGUCUACAGCGGCCACUAGAGGGAGACUUCAAAAGUGGCCGCUAUAGACAGGUGGCCUCUAUAGACAGGUUGGCGUCCAGUUUGAAUGUUGACCAGUAGAGGAAAAAAAAGAAAAAAAAGGAAAAUAAGUAAUAAUAAUGUUGACCAGUAGAGGGCACUGUGGGACUGCGGAUAAAAGUUGUAUAGCACUACUAGGCUUGUUAUUAUCCACGACCCACAGAACAAAGCUGUGCUAGUAAUGUCUUACGCUUGUUUUUUAAUAUUUUACAUUUUAUACGGCAGAGUGUCAUUACAGCUUUAGUUCAUCAGGAAGUGACUGGAAGUGACGGUGGGCGUCCCGAGCAGGAGAGCGAGGCUCAGUGCUAGCUGUGAGUUUCGAGAGAGUUGGGAAGUGUGUUUAUGUUGGCGUGGAUGUAAAGUCCUGCAGUGUUCUCCGCUGUUAAUAAAGCCAUUAAAGUGCAUCGGCGACGUGAGUCUCUCCUUCCCCACAACAAGCGGCAUUACAGUAUUGACCAGUGCACAUUGUCUCACACCAGGAAAUAAACGGUGUCACUUGUUACAGGCAUUGCCUGGACAGCUAUGCAUUGGGGCUUGUUUAACCUUUGCCUUGUAGGCAAGCAGGAAGGAGAGACGAGACGUGUGUGUGUGUUCUGUGUGCUCUCUGGUGGCCGCGUUUAAUAAAUAAAGUUGGCAGAAGCAACAGGAGAAGUUUCCUUCUUUGCUUCGGAGCUGAAUAACACUGACAAGUUAACAGACUAGUAGCAAACGGAAAAGAAGACGGCUUUUUUUUGUGUCGAAUACAGAAGAUGAGGACUUUGAUGGAUUUGUGGAUGAGGAUUGAUCAAAAAUAACGUGAGUACAUUCUAAAAUACUUCAAUUAAGUACAACCGAACUCAGUUUUGCUCCCUCUGCCUUUUUAACAUGCAGUAUUGUAUUGUAGCGUCGCUGGGAGCACUUCCUGUUCCCAGCCUAGUUUGCGGUAAUGUUUUGGUGCGAAUGCUCUUAAAGUUACAUGUUUGACCAGGAAAUAGCAAGCUCAAAAGAAGACGGCUUUUUUAUGUGGAACAACUGACAGUUUGUGUGGAUCUUGUGAAUGAUUGUGACUGAGCUAGGACUCAGUAAUUAAAGUCUACACACGACGGCUUCAUUGAUUGAAAAAACAAACUUUUUCAUGCAUGAAGCUUCUACUUGAGUCAGUAAUUUGGCCACUAUAUGCGGUCAGAUAUUGACCAAGGGAGACAAAAUGGGGGGCCGCUGGCCGCGUUAGACAGGUGACUGCUAUACACAGGGUUUAUAACAUGUAAAUUUGCUGCGGGGGAUUUUUCAGUGACCGUUAUAGGCAGGUGGCCGUUCUAUAAAGGUGGCCGCUAAGACAGGUUCGACUGUUUAUAGAUGCACUAUGCACGAUACCGAUUUUUUUGGUUUAUUUCCAUACACUAAGUCCCCAACUAACGAACACAAUUGGUUCCAGACGACCGUUCUUAAGUCGAAUUGUUCUUAUGUCGAAAAAAAUUUAAUAUUACCAAUGCUAUAGGUACUACAUGUACGUGUAUACAUAUACAGUAUAUGCGUAUGUACGUAAACAUGAGUUUGGAUGCAGUAGUAAUAUUAAACGAGGAUAAUUAAUGAAAAAAACAAUAAUAACAAUGAUAUCAUAAUACGUAAUGAUAAAUGUUAUUUACCUUUGAAGAGGAGUGGUAAAGCAUACGUCGUUGGUGGUGGCGGAGGAGGAUUAGAAGGAGAUAUUAAAAAAAAGGACAAAUCGUCGUCGUCGUUAGACUCUUCUAAAAGAGGUAGUGUUUUGUGGAUGGUGUACAAUUAAGCAGGCCUAUUAACUCUUCAUAAACUUUAAUCACACGCUCUGUCCGGGUUGUAUUAUACAGCUACAAUUUAGCUUUCUCUCUCCUCUUCCUGUUCUCGACCUGUUGGUCCCAUUAGCAGUGGCACAGUGCCCUCUACUGGUCAAGCAUGUAGCAGUAUAAAUAAUGGUGUUACAGUAAUACAAGGCAAAAUACAUGAAAAAAUAGACCAGUCGGCUUGUGUUCGUAUCUCCGAAAGUUCGCAUGUCGGAUGUUCGUAAGUUGGGGACUUAGUGUAUUUGCAAACACAGUGCCAGUAUACUGUAUGUGUUCAAAUACAAAAUUGUACUAUAUUCUUUCAUUUGUCCCUCCAAAUAUUCUGUCAUUUCAUUGGGAAGUUAUUUGGUUCGCUUUUAAGACAUUGUAAUUCUCUGCGAUCUUUCGUGCGUGUACCCCCAAUAGUGAGCAGGAAUUAUGACAAAGAAAGGAAAUAAUCUCUAUAUUUACAUACAUUUUGAUUUGGAUCAGUUAUACAUGAAAUAAUCAGUUCCAUAAUGAAACUGUCACCAGCAUAAGACUUUUUCAACAAACUUUGAUGAAGAGCAUGCUGAUGAGAGAGAGAGAGAGAGAGAGAGAGAAAGAGAGAGAGAGAGAGAGAUAUUUCAAUUAUGCCAUUCAAUAACUUGGUAAAUGCGUACAUUUCAUUAUGUACCGCUUUUUAGAACACACAAAUCCGUUGUUCAGUGCAUCACAAUCAUUGAAAUUCACUGAUCUGGUACAAUUCCAAUACGGUUGGUAAUAACCAUUUGGUAAUAUGAGUGUAAAGGUGACUAUAGGGGUGAUAUUUCAUGUCUAAGGGGCUCUGAUAAUGUUAACAAGCAUAUUUAGAAAGUCAUAAACAGGUUUUUCCAUGCUGUAACUACCAAAAUUUUUAAUUUAUUAAUACAGAAUCCUUCACUUAUUGCUGUCGUGUCUGUAUCCAAUUAACUGUGAUAAACGAAGGGAUUACUGUAUGUAUGUAUUUACCAUCCAAAAAAUAUCUCAUUGAUUCAGCUUUUUCUUUUUGUGUGAUGCUGACGCAGACUGACAUCAGUGGUACCUCCUUGAUUAUCAAAUUAUUUUCAUCCUUUUUUCAUGAACAACCUUUAAACUUGGCUGUUCAUGUUUAUGCUCCUUAAUGUUCCGCUUUUCAUGAUUUAAUGUACUGCCCAAGUUCAUACAGCGUGACAUGUAAGGAAAUUGUAAUCAUUUUUGUUUAAAAAUACAUUUGUAUUUAUUUUGUAUUUGGUAAGCGUUGGUAACAGUACAGAAGAAGAAAAAGGAAAAUGGUUCUUUCACACUGCUGCAAAGACUUCUACUGUAUGUCACUAUACUGAACAACGUAUGUCUUAACAUACCGUAAAUUCCGGUUUAUCAGCCGCAACUUUUUUCUCAAACUUUGAACCCUGCAGCUUCAUACACCAGUGUGGCUAAUAUAUGGCUAACAAUUACCUUUCCAUGAUGCUUGGUUCUAAUCUCGUGACAUCGCCGAUACUUCAGAACUACUACUAAUCGUUUAAAUAUGUAUUUUGGAAAACGCUAUUACUAUAGUCCAUCAUAAAGGCAAAAAAAAAGUUCCAGAAUCAACCACAAAACGCAGAGAAGCCACCAAUCUCUGCGUUUGCUAAGGCUGUCGCUCUAUUGAGUGGAGUUUACAGUGAGCAACAACAAGGACAAUUUAUACUAAAUCUAACAUUGUUGGAUUUUGAUUAAGCAAUAAAUACCAUAAAUAUAUCUGUUAUAUUGAAUGAAAACAAAAAAGAGGGGACAUUUGGGAAUUUGUGCAGCUAUGGCGUUGACACAUACUGUACCUCCAUCUGCCCGAGGGAUCCACACACUAUGAUGACUUGAAGGCAGCCACAGAGGUGCCACUGUACCGUGGUUCUUAUGAAGUCCAGAGAACUGCUGGAGUUAUCUCCAGCUGAAAUAAUGUGUAAUGUCCAGCAGUUUCACAAGUAAACCUUAUGCAGUACACGUCAUAUCCGCUCACAUAUCCUAUACAUCAAUAAAUAGAAAUACAGAUACAAUAAAGCAUAUAAAAAUAACAUAAAAUGCUUUGUUGUUCUCUUGGAGAUGAAUGAAGUUUCUAUCUAUCCAUCUCACACUGACUUCCGAAAGUAGACGACCGGCUGUAGACGUUCUAUCUCUUAAACAUUCUCUAUCUCCAGCAAACUCAUUUCAACCGCUUUAUAUCCGCAAUCUCGUUCUUUCGGUCACGACCCAAAGCUCAUGACCAUAGGUGAGGUUGGGAACAUAGAUUGAUUGGUAAAUUGAUCGACGGUCUUCACCACGGCGAUCCGGUACAGCGACCGCAUUACUGCAGACGCUGCGCCAAUCCGCCUAUCGACCUCACGCUCCAACCUUCCCUCACUCGUGAACAAGACCCCGAGAUACUUGAAUAUGGGGGCAGGACCUCAUUCCCAACCCGGAGGGAGCAAUCCACCCUUUUCCAACUGAGAACCAUGGCCUCAGAUUUGGAGGUGCUGAGUCUCAUCCCAGAAGCUUCACACUUAGAUGCAAAGCUCCCCAGUAAACGCUGAAGGUCACAGCCCGAUGAGGCCAUCAGGACCACAUCGUCCUGCAGAGAUGAGAUCCUAAGGCCACUGAACUAGAUUCCCUCGUCACAUUGGCUGUGCCGAGAAAUUUUGUCCAUGAAAAUUAUGAAAAGAAUCGGUGCCAAAGGGGAGCCUUGGCGGAGGCCAACGUUCACUGGAAACAGGCUUGACUUACUUCUGGCAAUGCGAACCAGGCUCCUGCUCCGGUUGUGCAUUAUGAGUAUGGAAAUUUGUUUGAAGGAAACUUUGGUCCCCCCCAUCGACCCACCACCUCCAGGGGCAAGAAUAAGGGUCCGGUGCAUUGUGCUUUGGGUGGCGGUCGAGGGCGGGCGCCUGGGCGGCCUGGUCUUCAGCGGCCAAAUCUGGUUCUUGGAACAUGGAAUGUCACUUCUCUGGUGGCGAAGGAGCCCAAACUUGUGAGAGAGGUUGAGACAUUUCCACUAUAGUCAGACACACCUCGACCCACAGUUUGGGUUCUGGAACCAAACUCCUCGAGAGUGGCUGGACCUUGUUCUACUCUGGAGUUGCUGCAGGGGAGAGGCAGCGAGCUGAUGUGGGCUUAUCAAUAGCCCCCCGGCUCGGUGCCUCUGUGUUGGAGUCAUCCCCGGUGAACGAGAUGGUCAUUUCCCUACGCCUUUGGGUUGGGGAAAGGGUCCUGACUGUCGUUUGUGCGUACGCGCAGAACGGCAGUUCAGAGUACCCAGCCUUCUUGGAGUCCAUCAAAGGGGUGCCGGAGAGCACCCUAAUUGGUGACUCCAUUGUUUUGCUGGGAGACUUGAACGCCUAUGUGGGCAAUGGCAGUGUGACCUGGAGGGGCAUGAUUGGCACCGUGUGAGUGGCUGCCGGUUACAGCCGCCCUGUACUUUUCUUCCACCUUUUAGUGUUUUUAUAGUAUUUUAGUCUUCUUCUUACUUUUUCUUUUGGUCGCAUUUGGUCGAGUGUGCAGCUACGGAGGUUCAUAUUGUUACUUUUCUAGUCUGUGCCUUGAUGCUCUUUGAACUUUUCAGUUCAACUGUGGGAAACCUCUUCAGCCACGGCUCCCCAUUCAACCAAGGCUCCAUUGUUUACACCCGGGAUCAGCUGUUAGCCCUGUGCCACACACCCCCUCUCUGUGCGGAGAGGCCGGAGAUCCCCAAGGAGCUGCGGAGGAGCAGAAGAGGAUGCAGGUCGGGAGUGAAGUGCAAGAAGCGGAAAAGACGGUACAAGCCAUGUCUACCGUCUGUCAUCAUGGGGAACGUAAGAUCUCUCCCCAACAAGAUGGACGCGCUAACGGCGCUGACCCGACUGCAGAGGGAGUACCGGGAAUGCAGCCUCUUUUGCUUCACGGAGACGUGGCUGAGUGAACUUUCUCCGGAUUCACACGUCACACUGGACGGAUUCCAGCUGGUACGAGCAGACAGGAAUGCAACGGAGAGCGGUAAGAAGAAGGGAGGGGGAAUCGCUGUGUUUGUGAAUGAUAGAUGGUGCCACCCGGGACACAUCUGUGUGAAGGAGCAACUGUGCACCAGAAACGUGGAACUGUUAGCGGUUAGCAUGCGGCCAUACUACCUUCCAAGGGAGUUUUCACAUGUUAUUGCUAUGACUGUGUACAUCCCCCCCUCAGCGGUCGCUGCUGCAGCUAUAGAGCAGAUCCACACCAUCGUCUCUCAACUUCAGAACCAGCACCCCGAAUCCCUCCUCCUCAUCUCUGGUGACUUCAAUCAUGGUUCCCUGUCCUCUGCUCUUCCCACCUUCACCCAGUAUGUCAAAUGCCACACUAGAGACAAUAAAACUUUGGACCUCCUGUAUGCAAACAUCAAGGAUGCAUACACCUCAUCCCCCCUCCCCCCGCUGGGUCGUUCUGAUCACAACCUCGUCCAUCUCGUCACAGACUACACUACACUACAGUAGUGAUUAGACAACCCCCUGUGAAGAGGCCUGUGAAGCAGUGGUCUGAGGAGAGCAGUGCUAGGCUCAGAGACUGCUUCCAGACAACAGACUGGGAAGCGCUCUGUAGUCCCCAUGGCAGUGAUGUUGACAGCGUGACACACUGCAUCACAGACUAUAUAAACUUCUGUGUGGAGAACACUGUGCCCUCCAAGUUGGUGCGAUUAAGGCCCUGCUGAAUAAGAAGAAGAGGGUCUUCAACUCGGGGGACAAGGAGGAGCUGUGCAGAGUCCAGAGGGAACUCCGGCAUAAGAUCAGGAAGGGGAAGGACUGCUACAGGAGGAAACUGGAGAAGCGGCUGGAGGAGAAUAAUGUCAGGGAAGUCUGGAGAGGCCUGCAGACCAUCACAGGCCAUGGUAAAGGAGUGGGGAGAGACCAAGCCAGUGGGGACAAGAUCUGGGCAGAUGAACUCAAUCUGUUUUUCAACAGAUUUGAGUCUGCCCCCCCCUCCCUCCCCUACGCACUCACCACUCUUCACCCCCACAACCCCAUCCCAGCCAUCCUCUACCCCCCUCUCCAUAACUGAUGAUCAGGUGAGGAGUCAGCUGAAGAAGAUCAAGGCAAGGAAGGCCCCCGGACCGGACGGCAUCACCCCUAGAAUCCUCAAGGACUGUGCUGACCAGCUCUGCGGAGUUCUCAGGCACUUGUUCAAUCUCAGCCUGAGCCUGGAGAAAGACCCGGCCCUGUGGAAGAGCUCCUGUGUGGUCCCGAUACCAAAGACACCGCGUCCCAAGGAGCCUAACCACUUCAGGCCUGUUGCCUUGACCGUUCACCAGAUGAAGACCAUGGAGAGGAUUAUCCUGCAGCACCUGCGACCCCUGGUGGGCACUCAGCUGGACCCCCUGCAGUUAGCUUACCGGCCUCGGAUCGGAGUGGACGAUGCAGUGAUCUACCUGCUGCACAUAUCACUGCUACACCUGGAGGACAGCGGGAGCGCUGUGAGGGUCAUGUUUUUUUACUUCUCCAGUGCCUUUAACACCAUCCAGCUGUCACUACUCAGAAUGAAGAUGGAGAGUGUGGGAGUAGAAACAACACCUGACUGCAUGGGUUAUAGACUACCUCACCAACAGACCACAGUAUGUGAGGCUCCGUCACUGUGUGUCUGACAUGGUACUCUGCAGCACAGGUACCCCUCAGGGUACGGUGCUCUCCCCUUUCCUCUUCACCCUCUACACCUCAGACUUCACACACAACUACACACAGUGUCACAUCCAGAAGUUCUCCGAUGACACAGCCAUUGUGGGUUGUGUUUCAGAGGGGAAUGAUCUGGAAUACAGGACGGUCAUCAGGCUCUUUGUCAGCUGGAGUGAGCUUAACCAGCUGCAACUCAACACCAGCAAGACAAAGGAGAUGAUCAUUAACUUCCAGAGGAAGACAUCUCACUUCACACCGGUGAACAUCCAGGGAGCAGACAUAGAAUUGGUAGACAGCUACAAAUUCCUGGGUGUCCACCUUAACAACAAACUGGACUGGUCCGUCAACACCCACGCCCUCUACAAGAAGGGCCAGAGUCGCCUCCACCUGCUGAGGAGACUGAGGUCCUUUGGUGUGUGCAGGACUCUUUUACGGACCUUUUAUGAUUCUGUGGUGGCCUCAGCCAUCUUCUAUGCUGUGGGCUGCUGGAGAGGGGGCAGCACGGACAGGGACAGGAGCAGGAUCAAUAGGCUGAUCAGGAGAGCGAGCUCUGUCCUGGACGGUCCUCUGGACUCCGUGGAGGAAGUGGGGGAGAGAAGGAUGUUGGCUAAGCUGACAUCCAUCAUGGACAACACCUCUCACCCGCUACAUGACACUGUUGUUUCCCUUAGCAGCUCCUUCAGCAGCAGAUUGUUACACCCAUGGUGUAAGAAAGAGAGGUUCCGCAGGUCCUUCAUACCGACCGCUGUCAGGCUCUACAACACCUGCACCACCUGAACCAUGCUGUAGUCAAUAUGUAAUUCUUUACACUGUAUUCUUUACUUGCGUAUCUUGCUUGCUGCUGUAACAAGUGAAUUUCCUCGCUGUGGGAUAAAUAAAGUACAAAUACAAAAUUGGGAGGAACGACCUUCGCAAUCUGAACCCGUGCCGUGUGAUGUUGUUGGACUUCUCUGCGAACCUCAGUUUGUCCAUCACAAACACCAUGUUUGAACAUAAGGACAAACCCGAUGGUGGACACCAGCGGUUAGGGCUGCUGUCUAGCUGAAGAAAGAGUCCUAUCGAGCAUGGAUAGCUUGUGGGACUCCUGAAGCAGCUGAUAGGUACCGGCAGGUCAAGCGGCACGCGGCUUCGGCAGUGGUCAAGGCAAAAACUCGGGUGUGGGAGGAGUUCCGUGAGGCCAUGGUGCACGACUUUCGGUCGGCCUCAAAGAGGUUCUGGCAAACUGUCCGGCGCCUCAGAAAGGGGAAGCAGUGCCCGGUCCACACAGUUUACAGUGGGGACGGGGGCCUGCUGACCUCGACUGAGGAUAUAGUCGGACGGUGGAAGGAAUACUUUGAGGCCCUUCUCAAUCCCACUGACAUACUUUUCAUAGAGGAAGCAGAGUCUGAGGACACAAACGCGGACAGUUCCAUCACCGUGGCUGAGGUAUCUGGGAUAGUCAAAACGCUCCCCAGUGGCAAAGCUCCGGGAGUGGAUGAGUUUCGCCCUGAAUUCCUCAAGGCUCUAGAUGUUGAGGGACUGUCUUGGCUGACAAGUCUCUUCAACAUUGCGUGGAAGUCGGGAACAGUACCUCUGGAUUGGCAGUCCGGGGUGGUGGUCCCCCUUUUCAAGAAGGGUGACCAGAUGGUGUGUUCCAACUAUAGGGUGAUCACACUCCUCAGACUCCCUGGUAAAGUCUAUUCCAGGGUGCUGGAGAGAAGGGUACGACCGUUAGUCGAACCUCGGCUACAGGAGGUGCAAUGUGGUUUUUGUCCUGGUCGCGGAACACUGGACCAGCUCUACACACUUGCAAGGGUACUGGAGGGUACUUGGGAGUUUGCCCAACCGAUCUACAUGUGCUUUGUGGACUUGGAAAAGGCAUACGUGCCAUUCGGUCCUUGUAAGUUUCCUACAAACAAAUUUUCGUACUCAUAAUGCAAUUCAGAGAUGUUGUUGGAUGAUUGUGCUUAUUGAAAAGUAAAUUGAGCACUGAAGGAAGAGACAUAAUUUUCAAAGAACCCCUUGGCUCCAAAUGACACUUUUUUCUCCCCAAAAUAGAGCACCACCGAACCAAAAAAUGUACAAAAUAAAAAUAAUUAUGUGUUAAACUGAAUGAGAUUUGUUGUUUGGCCCAAAAAAAGGGGGGGGGGGGCUGUCACUCACUUACGGAACGAGCACUGGAACAUACACAUACACAAGCCGUCUCAGAGAAGCUAUGGCUGAGCAGGAAGAGAGGCGGGAUAUAGGAUGUUGGAAUGCUAGCGCCCCCAUUGCAGUACCUAGCCAUGACAGAAACAUCUCUAAAACAAGGCACUAAAUUUAGCAUCUGAAGUAUACAAGUGAGGUAAUCAUGAAGAGAUGAGGUAAAGAUCAUGUUUUUUUAGUUUAGCCAUGAAAAGAAAGCCAUGGAUAUUUUUCUAUGAAAAGGUGCAUUUCCUUGCUCCUUAUCGUCGUCCUGAAUGCAAACAAAGCAUGCGCUCUCCAUCAAGUCAUAUAUUAUUGCUUCGGCAGCACCAAGAAACCUCUCUGUACUUAUAACAACGUAUCCUGGUUCUAAAUAUGAGCUGUUGAAGCGCAGUUUUCAGGGUAGGUCGGAAAACACUGUCAACUACCUGACUGGGAUUCAGUGUGGUGCACACAUUACAUUGAUAGUGCUAUUUCUCACUGCCUGAUUUUUUCAUCAAGGUUCGGAAGAGGGUGAUGAUGUUUGCAGUCUCCCUUCCAAUCUCUUCAGAGGGGGUUGCGUCACCGUGUUGAUAAAGGGGUACGUAGGUCUAUUCAUUGUUGGCAUAAUCUCAAUUUGCAGAGACGUUGUCGAGGUUGGUGCUAGCAGCUGUCUUGUCUGGACUCUUGAUUCCUGUACGAACAUGCAGUAAAAAAAUGAGAUUACAAAUAAAAAAACGAACAAAAUUAAACAUAUUGAAGAGAAAGUAUGUUUUGGUAUGGAUAAUUCAUCUGAUUUACCAGUAGUUUGUAUAGCUUACGAAUUUGCACGGCAACACGGUAGUAUUGAGAUAGAUGAAAAGGAAAUAUAUACUAUAUAUCUAUAUCAUAAUGAGCACUUUUUUAAAGCAGAUAUUACUCAAAGGUUAGAAAAUAGUUUUACAUAGAGCAAGAAUAACGUUAUAGGAGUUUAUUAUUAUAGGAAUCUUCUCAAAGGAUGGGUGACGAUUUUGUGGUAAUAAGUAAUGGGUGAAUAUUGCCUGAAGGUUUCUGCUGCGCCAUGUUGAAUAGAAAAAAAAAAGUGUCUUUCUCUCGAUCUGGUUGUCUGGACAUCGGUAGAAUGUAGUGAGUACCGCAGAUGGUUAUUAAGAGCAUUGGUGAAAAGGGCUGGAGAUUGAGCAAGCAUAGUUGGAAGCCGUGGACUGUGGUGAAUGACUGCUUUGUUAGACCACCCUCCCUCCCUCUGCAUGCUCAUCAGCAUGUUCGUCAUCUAAAUUUGUCGAAAAUGUCUUGUGCUGGUGUCAGUUUGAUUCUGGAACUAAUUUUUUCAUGUAUAAUUUAUCUAAAUAGAAACAUUUUUUAGAUCAGAAGCAUUUUUACUAUAUGUGAAUAUAGAGAUUAUUUCCUUUCUUUGUCAAAAUUCCUGCUCACUAUUAGGGGUACACACUUGAAGGAUCACAGAUGAUUCCAAAGUCUAAAAAGCGAACCAAAUAACUUCCCUAUGACAUGACAAUUUUGAGGGACAAAUGAAAGAAUAUAGUACACUUUUGUAUGUGAACACUUUCAGUAUACUGGCACUGUGUUUGGAAAUAUGGAAAUAAAAAAAAAAAAAAAUCAGCAUCGUGCGUAUUGCAUCUAGAGAGAAAUUGACAAUAUACAGUAUAUGUGCAUGGCUCAGAUCAAGGUCUUCAACUUCACUUGAGUAGUAUUUGAAAUUGUUGUUCUAACAAUGUGUACUAUCCCUAUCACUCUGACGUUUAUAGAGUGAGGAAGCUUACCAAACCAUAAAUUAAGACUGUUCAUGUUUUUAUUUUGCGCUAGCACGGCUAUGUUGUAAAAAAAGUGUCUAUAUUUGGACAUUGAAAUGUUACAUGUAAAGCAUGUCUACUUUUGUUGUGAAAUUAACAAUAUUUUCUCUGAUAAUUUUGUCAUGAUUUCUACUUAGAAUUAAAGAAUGAUGUCUGAAAUUGGUUUCUUAUGUGUUUUAUUAAAAUAUUCUCAGUGUAAAAAAAAAAUAACUGUUGUGUAAUCAUUAGUGAAAAGUACAUCACCUUCGUGUCCGCCUGCCGAUGAAAAUUUUUAAGAACAUAAUUCCAUUGAGGAAAAAGCUUCUUGAGGCGUCAUCUGUACUUCUGUGAAGAAGGUAUCGGACGUUUCGCUCCUCAUCCAAAGAGCUUCGUCAGCGAACUAAUAAGUGCUGGUAGCUUAGGCCUUAAAUACAGUAAGAGUGGGUGGAAUUGGUGUGCCAACACCCUCCUCCUAUUGGUUCCUUACACUAAGCCUGGGCGGAGUAGUGGUCUAAUCCUCUCCUGACAUUAGCACCUCCGAUAAAAGGGAAGUGUCGCUCCCUGAGUUGGGUAUGAACGACUCUGAUACUGGCUCGUUAGCAUCUAUUGUUCUGGCUCGGCCCUGGCUCCACCUCAUUUGCAAGACUAAGAGCUGUGGGUUUUGGUUUCAGUAACCUGCUGAACACAGGGUCCAAAUUAAACCUCAAACCACCAUUCCGAUUCAAUGAUGGGUUCUGUUGUUUGACAAAAAUAGCUUCCUUUACUCCUUUUUCAAACCAUCUGUUUUCUUUGGCCAAAAUCUUUACCUCGCUGUCCUCAAAAGAGUGAUUGGUUGCUUUAAGGUGUAGAUGUACUGCUGAUUGAGGCCCACUAGAAUUGUCCCUGCGGUGUUGAUAAAGCCUUUUUUGGAGCAUUUGCUUAGUUUCCCCAAUGUAGUGCUCUUUGCAUUCCUCAUCUUUACAGUGGAUGGAAUAGACCACAUUGCUCUGUUUUUGGUUUGGAGCCUUGUCUUGAGGAUGCACUAAUUUUUGUCUCAGGGUAUUUACUGGUUGGAAAUAGGUAGGAAUUUUGUGUUGCCAUAAGAUCCUCUGGAGUUUUUCGGAGACCCCCGCUACAUAAGGGACUACCACUCCUCUCCUUUUUGCUUCUGUGGGCUUUUGGGUUUCUUUCCCUACUUUCUUCUUUUGACAUUUGCUAAAAGCCUACCGCGGGUACCCACAGGUUGAGAGCGCUCUCUGGACAUGUUGUGUCUCCUUUUUCCUUCCCUCAGCACUAGUUGGUAUUUGUUCCGCUCUAUCUUGGAGGGUCCUAAUAACCCCUAGUUUAUGUUGUAGUGGAUGGUUUGAUUCAAAAAGCAGGUAUUGGUCAGUGUGUGUGGCCUUUCUAAAGACCUCAGUAAGUAGCUGUCUGUCCUCAACUAUAAUUACCUUGCAGUCUAAGAAGGCUAGUUGGUUCUCUUUAGCAUCCUCGCGAGUAAAUUUGAUAUUGGUGUCCACCGCAUUGAUAGUGAGGCUGUGGGAAGCCUUUUCCUCGAUGGACAACUCCUGUACGACUGAGAGCCUACACAGAAACAUAAUUCCAUGGAAAAACAAACCCCAUGAUGAUUUAAAUGGUAUAUAUUCAUGGCAUAAUUACUCAACUUUGCAACUAAAGUGAUUUUUUGUGUAUAAAAGAGUAAAAUAAGAUUAUUUGAACAAAAGGUGUAGAUGUAGAUGUAGAUGUACUGCCACUAUGGGUGAGCCUCACCCAUAGUGGCGAAUCUGUACAUGGAAGAGAUGGAGGAACAGGCUGUCACAUCCUUCUGAGUUACAAAUUUUGUGUUCAUCGAGCAGUAUAACUCGUUUUGAUAGCCAUUGUUUUUACAUCUCGUAGGUCGCCGUUCGUGUCGUGUACACGAAGUGGCGAAAAAACACGCGAAGUGGGCAAAAUUAUUCAUCAUUACUAGUCGGAUUUUACUUACUUUUAUCCGUCAUAUUAUAUGUCGUUGACAUUUAUCCGAACCAAAUAAAUUGUAGCGUGUUCGUUGAUAAAUUGCUCCGUAUUUAACCCGGAAGCGAUCGGCGUGUCCCUCAGCACCCCGUGUUGUAGUCCGUGUUACAUUUAAGAAAGAGUGAACUUCGGAGGGGUGCUAUGGGAAAUGGAAGAUGUCUCGAGCUCUGGUAUGUUGGGUGUGUGUUUUGCAAUGUUCGAAGUUUGUGUUUAUAACAUUACCAAGGUCUAUCCACGAGUUUGAAAUUUUACCCAAAAUGUAACACUUGGGUACCCUUGAUCUGAGCCAUGCACAUAUACAUUAUACAACAGAGAGAGCAUCCUGUCCUAUCAAAUUAGGAACAUCCGCAUAUAUAAAUGCAAGAGCUGAAUUGUUGUCGUGGUUACAUCCUCCAAGUGACGCAUUCAUCAAAUGUG